AUGGCAGCUGAUCAGAGGAAAAGACGUCUUAAUUCCAGCACUUUUGUUGGUUGCUCUUUUCGGGAGCAGAGAGAGCAAUUCCAUUCUAAAAGGAAGAAAUCAGGACCUCCAAGGGAUGAUUUAAAUGUGAGAUAUAAUAUAUCUCUGGAGUGGGAUGACAAGAACAAGAGUGUGGUUGCCAAGAAGGAACAGAUUGGUAUAUUGCGGCGGGACUUGGUUCCCUUUGUUGAUGCUGGUUCUCACAGCUAUGAAAGCUUGGCUGACAUUAUUACUGUUCCUAAUGAAACAUUUGAAUUGAAAGACUUUGCAGGUGUUCUUUCAUACGAGGUAUGGUGUUCUCAUAUUUCUGACGCGGAGAGAAAUCUAUUAACUCAAUAUCUGCCUGGAGGAGUUGAGCCAGAUGAAGCUGUAAAGGAACUCCUUUCUGGAGAUAAUUUUCACUUUGGAAAUCCAUUUCUCAAAUGGGGUUCUUCACUGUGCUCUGGUAAGCUCCAUCCCGAUGACAUUCUUAUGCAGGAGCAACAAAUCAAGGCUAAUAGGAAUACUUACUUCUCCGAGUUACAUAAAUAUCACAAUGAUAUGAUUGAGAGUUUACAGAGGUGGAAGGACACGUUUGAUAAAUGCAAGGAUUCUGAUGAGGAAAUUCUGCACAAUAUCUGCAAGUCUAGAAAGCAGAUUGAAGUGAGAAUGCACUUGCAUAGUACUGUGACUCAUGAUCCUGUGGAUGAUGGUGUUGCCACACCAGACUCCUCUUCUUGGGCCACUUCUGAGAGGGCAUGUAGUAACUACAAUAAUGUUCAUAUUUCUGGGGAUUCUCAGGGAAGGAAGGUCUUCUCAGACAGCAAUGUUAACAACUUGUCUGAUAGUUCAAAGGUGGCAGUGAUGUCCAAGAAAGGAGAGAAGGUGCAGAAGCGCAAUAUUCAGCUUGGUGAUGGUGCUAAAUAUAUGUCUUAUAUCAAGGUUAGCAAAGAACAACAUCGACGGAUCAAGAGAACAAUGAAGCAUACUAGCAAUAGCAUUCAACAUAGAUCUUUGAACAAUGUUUUAGGUAAUCUUGAUACUCUUCAUGUACAGCCAUUUGAAGUAUUCGAGGAAGAAGAGAGGCAGAAGUUGCACGAUUAUUGGUUUCAAUUGGCAAAUAAAGAUGUUCCGGCUGGCUUUGCUAAUUGGACGGAAAGGAAGUCACAAGUGAAAAAGUUGGUGAAGUCUGUGUGUCAAGAAUUGGAAGAAACACUGAAAGUCCAAAUUGAGGAUGGUGAGAAUGACAGCACUAUUAAUUUAUCAUCAGCGAAGCUGAUAGAUAGCGUAGAACCAUCAUUGUCACCCAUUUCAAGUGCUCAAGAGGUUGACACGUUGGAUAUCACCAAUAAUGAGCUUGAGGUUCAACUGGCUAAUGAAGUUGGAUAUGAAGUAAUGGCUGCGUCUGUAGAGACUGGAGAAGAGAAGACAGCUGAAGACAUACAUGACGGGCGAACAUCAUAUCAUGGGGCUGAUAGCUUGGAAAGGGAUGUUGGAUCUGAGUCAUCUGAUACAUGCUCUGCUGAAGAAGAUUAUGAUGCGGAAAAAGUGGAAUUAAUUAAUUGUGGACUUCAUUCUGACAUGUCUGUGGAACCUCGUGAUAACAUCAUAACUGCAAAAGCAGUUGAUCCUGCCCUAAUUUUGUCAGACUACUCGGGUAAUACGAACCACAUGGACAUGGAUAUCCCUGCUUCAGUUACUCAAGGGAAUCGCUGUGAUUCUUCUGAUGAGGUUUGGUCUGCGGUAGGUGUGCCUGGAUCAUUCUACCAUCCGCACCCUGCCGGUUUAGGUCAUCAGUAUAGCUCGUCAGGCGAUUUUUCACUUGAUCAAACGCAGGCGAUGAGCGGAGGACAAGUGGGUCAGGGACAAGGUACUAGGAGGGAGCUCUUGGAUGGACAACUUGAUGAUUUGUCUGUAUAUGGUUCCUUCACAAAUAAUCAGCAACAAGGUGCUCUGCAGGAAAAGAAUGAUGGGAAGAAGCAGCAGCUGCAUCAUAGGCAGCCUGAAAAUUCAUCGUUUUUCGGUGGUUUUCCAUCUCAGGAUCGGAGUGAAUCACUCGAGUCUUUGUUCAAGGUGCAUGGUGGUGGAUUACCUUAUCAUCCUCAAGAGCAGAAAAGAAUGGGGUUGGAGUUUCAUGAACCAGACAAUCUAAUGUUGGAGAAUGGACAUUUAAUUCUGUCUGAUUUCAAGGAUCAGGUUGAUCUCCCACUUCCACCUGAGAUGAGGCAGAAAAGGGUGAAUGAUAUGUAUGGGGAAAAUAACAUUCAGAAUUGUGAGUAUCAUCCUAGCGAUGGAAGGUACUCCAUUACGAAGCAGCAGCUGCCUCCUCCUGUUGACGUGGGGGAGAAUUGGGGUGUAGGGUCAGUUCGCGGGCUCGUAGUACCUUCUGAAUCUCACUUGAAUGAUGGAGGUGGCCUGCUGAGCCACCAGAGUUGGUAUACAGGAGAGAAUCGAGGCAGGGUUGGUGGGUGGUCUGGUAUGGAAAGUGGUGGUGGUUUUAGUAGAAGUAGUAGUGUUGGGUAUCAAAAUAACUUGGACCAGAGUUUGUUUAGUGUUUUGUCAGAGUGUAGUGGAAUGCGCUGUGUCAUGACUGGGCCGGUACCAGCCGCUUCCACCCCUAACCCUAGCUCUCUCCCAUAUGGAUCAAUGGGGAAUGCAACAGAACGUGUCUUGCAGACUUCUGAGGUGUACACUGGUGGUGGCGCGACACUGAUGAGCAGUGGGGAUAACAUUCUACAACACUCGUCAAUUGAUCAUUCACCGCUUGUUUACUUGAGCCGUCAUGAAGUUAGCGUCGGGGUUGUUGCAGGGAGGAGGAAUAAUAACAACUUGGAUUGGGUGAGUGUGGCUCAUCAUCAGAAUUCUGGAUAUCUAAGGUCGUGGAAUCAGUAAUGGUAGUAGUAAGCAACGAAAAGGGGAAGGAAAACACUCCAGUUUUGUUUUGGUUUGUUUUUUUUUUUAACCUUUUCUUUUUUGCUUUAUUAUUAUUUUUUGGGGGGUGGGACUUUGUACAUAGAAGAGAAGGGAAGGCACUCUAAAUGGAAGAAUGUAUAUGAUCUUAGAGGUAGGUGAUUUGGGGGGAACUUUUGGUGCUCCUGAAAAAUUGUUUUAGUUUUGAUAUUUUCAGUAUAAUAAUUUUUAUGGUGAGAUUUAAGUUUUCAAUGGUACUA